AUGAAUGAACUGAAUCACUCCAUGGUAUCAGAGUUUGUGUUCCUGGGAAUCUCUAAUUCUUGGGCCAUACAGCUUGGCCUCUUGGUGUUUGUCUCCAUUUUCUAUGUGGUUGUUGUGCUGGGAAAUUUCUUUAUUGUACUCGCAGUGAGGUCUGAUAGUCACCUACAUUCUCCAAUGUAUUUUUUAUUGGCCAACCUCUCCAUUAUUGAUUUGUGUCUUUCCACUGUUGCAGUCCCCAAGAUGAUUUCUGACCUUUUCUAUGAGCACAAAGCCAUAUCAUUCCAAGGUUGUAUCACCCAGAUAUUUUUCAUUCAUUUCAUGGGAGGAACUGAGAUGGUACUGCUCAUUUCCAUGGCAUUCGACAGAUACAUUGCCAUAUGCAAGCCUCUUCACUAUUUGACCAUUAUGAACCCCAAAAUGUGUAUUUUUCUUCAGGUGUCUUCUUGGACCAUUGGCCUUAUACACUCAUUGACUCAGCUGGCUUUUGUGGUGAAUCUGCCUUUCUGUGGUCCUAAUGAAAUUGAUAGCUUUUAUUGUGAUCUUCCACGGUUCAUCAAAUUGGCCUGCAUGGACACCUAUAAGUUGGAGUUCAUUGUCACAGCUAACAGUGGUUUCAUCUCUAUUGGCAGCAUGUUUCUCUUAUUCAUCUCCUACAUUUAUAUCUUGGUCACUGUUCAGAAACACUCUGCGAAUGGAUUGUCCAAGGCUUUCUCUACUCUGUCAGCUCACAUCAGUGUGGUGGUCCUCUUCUUUGGCCCAUGCAUCUUUGUCUAUGUGUGGCCAUUCCCUACAAUGCCAGUGGAUAAAUUUCUUGCUAUUAUUGACUUUAUUUUCACGCCUGUCUUAAAUCCUUCCAUUUAUACAUUUAGAAACAAAGAUAUGAAGGCAGCAAUGAGGAGACUGAGUGGCCAGCUAGUGAGUUUUAGAAAAAUUUUAUAA